AUGUUCGCAUUGCUAUUGAUCUUGACUGGCUGCCAGCUGCUGUGGAGCGCGCCCGCUGAGAGCACUUCCAUUAACGAGCCGGUGCCAAUCCUCAAAUCGGUGGCCGAACAACUCACCUCGGGCUCCUACCUAUUCUCGUACGAAACCGCAGAUGGCACCUACCGCGAGGAGCUGGGCAUAGUGAACCGCGAUUCGAAGAGCUCUGGUGACGAUCUCGAGGUGUCCGGUGUUUAUCGCUAUAUCGACGACUGGGGCCAGGAGGUGGAGGUGCGCUACACGGCGGACCAGAAUGGCUUUCUGCCCCAUGUUCGGUACACCUCCAAGGGGAAGCCCGUAAACCAUAUCGCAUAG